GGGGGAAAAAUGGCUAGCAACGACCAGUUAGAUUACCACACAAGAAGUCUUUUGCAGCUCGCAAAGUCUCUGGGUUCUCUCCGUCCAACGCCAUCAGACAAAGUAGAAUAUUUGAAGUCACUAUGUCCUGUCUAUGGAAAUCAAGGUGAAGCUGUAAACCUCAGCACCAGAGACCAGAGUGCUGUCAUAGCUUUGGGGGUCUACCUGCUGGAGUCAGGCUUACAGUACUGCGCUGAAAUCCUAGACAUUUUGCUUGAAGUUCUUAUCAGUUUGCCAACAGCAAAAUUUUCUAACGGUUUUGCUGGAGCUAACAAAUUUAAUUUGCCUGGGAUUGAAUGUUUCAGCUUUUGUUUGAACACAAUUUUAAGUGAUGUGGCAUUUAGAGCACCACAUCACAAAGAUUUGAUUGUAAAUAAACAGAUCCAGGUUCUAAAGCACUUGACCCAGACCUGUAGGAAUCUAAACAAUGCAGAUCUUGUCACUAACCAGCAGGUUCCAUUGCUGCUGGGAGUGGUCAGGUCCCUGGGUCGCUGCAGCAGUGAGGACUGUCCCCUCAUCUCCCACCUGUUCUCCGUCAGACAGCCACCCAUAUCCCAGCGCUGCUCCCCUGGCCCAGAGACACCCCAGCCCCAACCUUUCAACACUUUUAGAUCCAUCCUCCCCAGCAGUCGCUCCACCAUAUUUAUACAUUUAGGUGCAGACAGUGGUGCAACAGUAGGGGCUGGGGAUGGGAAGCUGAGUAGACGAUCUACGUGCCUGAACAUGUCAAGUUCUUCUUUAGAUACCAUAUUGUCAGACCACUCUACCAGAAAAACUUCUACAAUCAGUGUUAGUAGCCUCCCUUGUAGUAUAUACUUCAAUAAAGUAGCAUCUAGUUUCACACAGACCAGACCACUGGCAGAGAUCAACACAGAUGAGGAAUGUUUGAAGUUCAAAGAGGAAAAACUCAAACAUAUUUUACAAUGUGUAACUGCUUUUCUUUCUUCAAAAAAGUUUUUUUUUAUUAAAGUUAUCAAAAAAGCUCUUGGUGUCUAGUAGUUAUAAGAAAGGAAAAAAAAAUAUUUCAUCAAAUGCAAAAAAUAAAA